AGGCACUGAGAAAAGCUAGGAGCGUCUGAUUAUAUCAAGUGUCUGUCAGGCGAGGACAGCAGACAAGAUUCCCGUGCCUCGAGGACCCCCAAAUCGGAGUUUCUUUUCUGGUUCUCAACUAGAGACAUCUAGGAAACUUUACCCUUUUUUUAUAUAUAGAAGUUUUACAACCAAAUUGUUACUUUAGGUUUUUUGUUAUUAAGAAAACUCAACCGAGACGGAGCCGAACGAGGAAGACGGACAACGACCCUCCCUCACCUCCGCAAUCAUGAUGUCGAUGAACAGCAAGCAGCCCUUCAGCAUGCAUCCCAUCCUGCAUGAGCCCAAAUACACGCCCCUGCACUCCAGCUCGGAGGCCAUCCGGAGGGCCUGUCUGCCUACACCAUCGCUCCAAGGAAAUAUCUUCGCCGGCUUCGAUGAGACUUUGUUGCAGAGAGCCGAAGCCUUGGCCGCCGUGGACAUCGUGGCCCAGAAGAGCCACCCCUUCAAGCCGGACGCCACGUACCACACCAUGACCACCAUGACCAGCAUGACGUGCACGCCCACCUCCUCCUCGGCUCACCUGCACCAUCCGUCGGUUCUCACCUCGCACCACCACCCGGCCCACCACCAGCCGUCCCAGGGCUUGGAGGGCGAUCUGUUGGAUCACCUUACCCCGGGCAUCUCACUCGGAGGCAUGCCCGGCUCGGACGUGUGCUCCACGGCGUCGCACACCGCAGCCCACGCCGCCCACAUGAGCGCCAUCAACCACAUGCAGCACCACCAUCACCACCACGCUCAGUCUAUGAACAUGCACCCGCACGGCCUCGCCUCUCACGGCGCCCUCGGGGGCGGAGGCGGCGGUGGCGGCGCCGGGGGGGACGCCGAGCCGGACCCACGGGAGCUGGAGUCGUUCGCCGAGCGCUUCAAGCAGAGGCGCAUCAAGCUCGGCGUAACACAGGCGGACGUGGGCGCGGCGUUAGCCAAUCUGAAGAUCCCCGGCGUGGGCUGCCUGAGCCAGAGCACCAUCUGCAGGUUCGAGUCCCUGACGCUGUCACACAACAACAUGGUGGCGCUCAAGCCCAUCCUGGAGGCCUGGCUGGAGGAGGCCGAGAGAGCUCAGCGGGAGAAGAUGGCCAAGCCGGAGAUCUUCAACGGCGGGGACAAGAAGAGGAAACGCACCUCCAUCGCCGCCCCGGAGAAGCGCUCCCUGGAAGCCUACUUCGCCGUGCAGCCUCGGCCCUCCUCGGAGAAGAUCGCCGCCAUCGCCGAGAAGCUGGACCUUAAAAAGAACGUGGUCCGAGUCUGGUUCUGCAACCAGAGGCAGAAACAGAAACGCAUGAAGUUCUCAGCCACGCACUAAAACAUUUUUAUAACAAAGAGACAAAUCAUGGACUGGCUGCUACUUUUAAAAAGGUGCAUGUUUGUGCCUCUGGAGGUGCUGCACUUCUUAUCUUAACAAGCCAUUUAAUCGCCUGUUUCCUUAUUUAUUUGACUAUUUCACCUUCCAAGCAACAGGAAGUCUGUGACAGGAGACUAAAUGUCUUGUUAAGACGACUCGGUGUUUUGCACAAAAAGGAGCCCAGCAGCCUUUUUUUUUAUUUUGAUGGGCAAAAACUGGACACGAAGGACACUUUUGGACUUAAAAGUUGGAUUCAUUCAACAAGAGAAGAGUUGGAAGUGACCGUGAAGGCACCAUUGCUCGGACUUCUUCAUUCCCAAGGCAAUUAUUGUACAAAAAAUGAGAGUAAUAAGGAUCGGGAUGGAGGAGUGUCAUCCUCCUUUUAGUUAGGAAAUAUCUUUUUUAUAUGUGUCAUUGUACAUAUACGUGUGAAUAGGUUGCACCGAUACCGUGUCAUUUGUUUUUGUUUGCUUGGGUUCAUUUUUAGGGUAAGGGAGGGAAGGGGAGGAAUCAUUGAAAAAAUCAUAAGAAAAAAUGAACCACGUGCAUGGUUUUAAAAGAAGGGGGGCAGUUUGGAAAUUCCAAGAGCAAGUGAAUGCAUCGCAAUAAGAAGAAAAAGAAACACAAACGCACUAAUUCUUAAUACACACACACACACACACACACACACACAUUCACACAGCAGUGUUGUAGCUGUGUGUCUACCUCAUUACGACACGAGUGUUUCAUGGUGAUUUAAACACACACCUUCACUAAAAUACGAAGAAGCAAUUUUGGGAUUUUUUUUGUUGGUUGCACUGGUUUUUGAUGGUGAAUUUAAUAUAGAAGACUCACUGACGUGUAAAGCUGUUGUAUGUUCACCACAAUGAUGCUUUGACAAUCAAUUAUUAUUUAUGAUUUUAUUUAUUUAUUUAUUUAUUAUUACAAUUCAUUGUCGACAACCAAUUAGUUUGCAUAUAAUUGUUAUUUAUUUUCACCUUCAUGGACGGCACUUUGUAGAUAAACUGAAGGGAAAUAUUUGGCUUUAUUUAUUUAAUUAUAUAUACACAUCUUUUUGUCAACAUUGUUUUUCCCAUUAUGCUUGUAUUUAAUUUAUUUUUGGUAUUUUUUUUAACGCAUCUAUUUCAUUUGUGAAAGUGUGUUUUCAAUGUGUCUGUGUACAUGACAGAAGCUGAAAUAAACCGUGCACGUUUUACUUCAUCCUCUGCCUUUUUUUUUUUUUUUUUUUUCGGGACAGGGAUUUUAAAAGUUGUUGGAAAAAAUUAGAAGACAGCAGGUCUAAGAUUUAAUGGAGCAGCUGCUGCUGUGAAACAAGAGAUGACAAAAAGACUGCAGGGAAAAUCUGCUUUAGAGCAGUAAUGAAUAGCAUUUGACACUUGACUGAUUUUUCUAUUGAUCACCACUGAAGACGUAAUGAUUCUGUACAGGAAUGUGCACAGAGGCCUUCUGAUUAAUGGUUUAAAAAAAUAACUACAAACCCAAUAAAACAACGUAAGGGAUGAAAUUAAAAGUAUUCAAUUAGAAAGUGAAUCAUUUCUAAAUAAAGAAAACUAACAAUUUCAUAUCAAAUAUGCACAAAAUCUGAGGGGCCAGAACCUGGGGGGACAAUUCAAUUUAUUGUCAUUUUUCAUUGAAAAAGGGUGUCUAUAAUUACAUUAUCCCUAGAAAAGGCCUGAAUUGUCAUAGUAGAAAGUGGAGAGAGUGUUUCUAAUUUGAAACUAAAGGGGGUAAAAAAAAAAAAACACCAAUAAAGGUAUAUGAUGAAAAAAUAUUGUACAUGCAAUACAAGAGCACCAUCCUUAUUCAUUUAUAUUUUUUCUAUUUAAAUGAAAACAUGGAUGUCCGCAGGCUGCGUUGAAACGACGUCUUACUCAAAUGAACUUAAAAUCUCACAUUUCUACUCCAAAUGUAGCCAAACUGCUAUAAAGACAAGGCGUCAUAAUUUGUAUCUGAAAUGAAUUAAGUGCUGUUUUUACCACCCUUUCCAAUUUAAAGCUUUUAUCAUAAAGACUCAGAAAAAGAAGAUGCUUUGAAUAAUAAAUUAGUCAAGCUGGAAAAAAUGUCAACCAAAUUGCAUUGUUAGGCACAUGUAAUGCUUAUCGCCUUUCAAGCAGCUCUGUGUGUUCUCCUACUUUUCUCCUCUUUUAAGUAAUCUAUUCUAUCCUAUGGAUAUGGGCUCGUCCGCAUUAAGACUCUUUUUUCUGGUGAAUUUCUCUUGGAGAUGAAAAAAGCAUCUAUAAAAGGAACAGACAUUUUUUUCAUAAAAUUAACAAAAAACAAAAGCUGAACCCUGACACUUACAGAAUUAAAGCAGGACUCUUUAAAUUUCCAGACAUUUCCUGCCACUAUGCAAAUACAAAUCAAACCACAGCUGUAUGCUCACAUGGAACCUUACCAGAAAUGAACAUGUGGGGGUUGUAAUCAAAUAUAAACGUAAUGAAUUUUUAUUUUGGAUGUACUGUAUGUGAGAGAGUGUAUAGACAUGUGUGAAUCUCUAGACUCAUUACUAAUGAAUAAAACACAUCAGUUGUGAUGAUACUGUAUUGAUUUUUUGCAUGUGUUUGUAAAGUCGGCGCUCUAAUCUGUCACAACACCGAAAGCCUGCAGAGCGCGUGUCAGAACUCAUUGGAUUUUGCUGCUGGGACAUGCAAAAACCACCCCUGUUUUAACUUUGAUAACAUGACAGUCACUGGCCGCACUAAAAAGUCAUGAACUCUACCUGACCAACGUUGAACGCUUGUGUUCAAGUCGUGGUG